UUCAAUACUUUGACGGCCGCCAUUGUUGGCAUGUGAAUUGUUUGCAUUAUUGUCUGUAAAUUGCGUGGACACCUAGGCUGUAAUAUAAAAGUAGCGUAUCUUCAGAAAGUUGUAGGACUUAGCCCGUUGGAUGUGAGAAAAAAAAUGCAGAAUGUAGUUCAUGGAAGUGCGUGCGAUGCCGUGAGAGAGGAACCACAGGAGGUUAGCAAAGGACGUACAAGAACUAGCGAAAAUUUUGAGACGGGUCAGAGGCAGAGCUUGAGUUCCCUGCAUUCCAAUUUUAUGGCAAAUUUAACCGAAAGCGACGACGAGGAGGCAUCCGAGGCCGAGUCGUUCAUCUUGGACCCAGAAGAGCUGGAAGAAGGGCGCGUGCUGGACACGUCCAAAUUCUUGCUGAGCUCAUCUGAAGGGGGCGGAGGUGAGAGCCCCGACCUGCAGGUGGGCGUCGACCCCGAUACCCAAGCACGCCUCGAGGCGCUGCUUGAAGCCACAGGGCUGAGCAAGCUGUCCCUCGAGGGCAAACAGUUUGCAGACCCAGAGGUUCUUCGGCGAUUGACAACCUCGGUGAGCUGUGCUUUGGAUGAGGCGGCAGCUGCGCUCACGCGCAUGCGGGCUGAGCACGGCGGGGCCACACCCCAUCAGCAGCAGUCACAGCAACCACAGCAACAAGCGCAGCAGCAACCGCAGCAGCAGCAAGGAUUAACUGAAGGAGCAACCGCGGUGGCAGUCAACAGUAGCCGGACCCUGGCGGAAGCGUGUAGCGAGGGGGACGUACUUGCCGUGCGUCAGCUGCUCGACGAGGGCCGCAACGUCAACGAGGUCACCGAAGAGGGGGAGAGCCUGCUCUCUCUCGCUUGCGCCUCGGGAUACUCCGAGCUGGCACAGUUGCUGCUGGCGAUGCGUGCCAAUGUGGAGGACCGAGGCCUCAAGGAUAUGACCCCGCUGAUGGAGGCGGCCACUGCAGGCCACACUGACAUUGUCAAGCUGCUUAUAGAACAUGGAGCUGAUGUCAAUGCGCAAACAGCUCAGGGGCACACGCCGCUGAUGUUUGCCUGCCUUGGUGGCCACGAGUCUGCCGCUCGAGCCCUGGUGGAGGCGGGCGCAAACCUUGAGGAGCACAAUGAGAAUGGCCACACACCCCUUAUGGAGGCUGCCUCUGCAGGGCACGUGCAGACUGCCCGUGUCCUUGUGGCUGCUGGUGCCUCUAUAAACACCCACUCCAAUGAGUUCAAGGAAUCUGCGCUCACGCUCGCCUGCUACAAGGGGCACCUCGAAAUGGUACGGUUCCUUCUUGAAGCGGGCGCUGAUCAAGAGCACAAGACAGAUGAGAUGCACACUGCCCUCAUGGAGGCCUCCAUGGAUGGACAUGUCGAGGUGGCUCGGUUGCUGUUGGACUCCGGUGCUCAAGUGAACAUGCCGACCGACAGCUUUGAGUCACCUUUGACAUUGGCAGCCUGCGGGGGCCAUGUUGAGCUGGCCAUGCUACUCUUGGAGCGGGGUGCCAAUAUCGAGGAAGUGAAUGACGAGGGCUACACGCCACUUAUGGAGGCUGCGCGUGAGGGCCACGAAGAAAUGGUGGCCUUGCUUCUUUCUCAAGGGGCCGACAUCAAUGCCCAGACGGAAGAGACGCAGGAGACUGCUCUCACACUGGCCUGCUGUGGGGGCUUUCUGGAAGUAGCAGACUUCCUGCUCAAGGCAGGUGCCCAGCUGGAGCUGGGUGCCAGCACUCCGCUCAUGGAGGCUGCCCAGGAGGGACACCUGGAACUUCUUCGGUACCUCAUCAACGCUGGGGCAUGUGUAAAUGCCAAGACUGCUACCGGGGACACUGCUUUGACGUAUGCCUGCGAAAAUGGCCACACGGAUGUUGCCGACUUGUUGCUCCAAGCUAAUGCUGACUUGCAAUGCUGCCAUCACCCGCAGGAGCACGAGUCCGAGGGCGGCCGGACACCACUGAUGAAAGCAAGCCGUGCUGGCCAUCUGUGCACGGUGCAGUUCUUGCUCAACCGUGGCGCAGACCCCAAUCGGCCGACCAGCAGCAACGACCACACACCCUUGUCACUGGCCUGUGCGGGUGGUCACCUGUCAGUGGUGGAGCUGCUACUCGCUCAUGGAGCGGACCCCAGCCACAGGCUCAAGGACAAUUCCACCAUGCUCAUUGAGGCCUCCAAGGGAGGGCAUACGGCGGUCGUGCAGCUCCUGCUGGAUUACCCUAACCUUGGCACAGCUGCAGCAGCGGCAGCUGCAGCAGCGGCUGCAGCCGUGACGUCAACGGCUUCGGCAACCACAGCAGCGGCUCCUUCCCCUGCAGUUGAGGUUGUCUCCAUGACUGAAGAUCAGAGAGUGGCUGCACUAGCUGCGGCAGUUGCUGCUGGGCACCCCUACCUUCCUCAGGUGGCUGGAGCGCCCCGAGUGGCAUCGUCGUCCUCCUCCUCCGUGACUGCCAUCUCCUCGGCUGAUGGGUCGUGGCCCAGCGGCAGUGCCCCUUCCACGAGUGUCAAGCGCAAGGCGAGUGGGGAGCCGCCUUCCUCGUCCAGCCAUGUGCCCUUAAUGUCCUGCGGUGGGGGCGCUGUGGGGUCUAGGGGCGGGGCAGACCAGUUGACCAAACCCAGCCAGGGACCACCUGGCCUCCGGCCAAGUGAGCGGCUGGAGGCCUGCAUCAGCAACAUGAUGCGAUCAGCUGAGCUCAACCAUCCCAGCCGGGAGGAGCAGAUAAUGCAGAAGCAGCAGAUUCUCGAAGAGUUGCAAAGGGUGGAACGUGAGCUGCAGGUGGGUCGGGAGAGGGAGGAGUCGCACGCACGCAUGCACGCCCGCGGCUGUGCUUGGAUCGUGCGCGCCUGCAAAGAGACUUGCAAGCUUCCUUUCAAGAAAGGGCAUCACGCUGGUGGCUGUAGACUCCCAACCCUAGUAGUGUUUUCUCAAAGGAGGCACCUUCUAAAGGAAAAGGCUCAUGCCCAGAUCGUGCUGUCUGCCCAACACCACCAGCACCUGGCUGCGGCUGCAUCGACCGAGGAUGUGGUGGAAGAGCUGAACCUGCGCAACACUGCCCUCUCCUCCUCUUCAGCGGUCGUGCCCCCAUCCUCGACUGGUGCAGAGAUAACUGCCCUGCCCUCCUCCUCAUCUGCUACACAGCCUACACUACUACCUGCUGCUGCCAAGAGGCAUCUUGACAAGGCAAAGGCAAGUGGUGGUAAGCCGCAGUUACCUGCCGGAGCCGUGCCAUGUGUCAAGGAUGCUUGCAGUGGUAUGGUGUGUGCGGCAGCAGCAGGAGCGGCGGCAGCCGUGGCAAGCACCUGUGGUGGGGCCUCCCUUCUGAGUUCCUUUGGGGCAACACCCCCACAGGCUGAGGGACUAAUGGUUGCCGCUCCUGCACGCACGCUACACGAGGCUUUGGGUGAGAUUGUCACUGGGCCCACGGUAGUGAGCACACCAUGUCCUGGCGGAAGUGGUGCCCAGGUGUCGAUAACCGCUCAGCAGGCUGUGACUGUGUGCCCUGACCACCAUCACCACCAUCACCACCACCAUCACCACCAUCACCACGGGCCUCCUGCUCAUCCCGUGGCGUCAAACUUAGGCCAGCAGCCUUCUACUUUGACCUUCCACCCUUCUGCCUUUCCCAUCCAUGCCCAGGUGGACCUCAACUGGCAGACGGAGAGCAACCACGACACGGCUCUGACGCUGGCAUGUGCGGGUGGCCACGAGGAGCUGGUGAGCCUGCUGUUGAACCGGGGAGCCCACUUGGAGCACCGGGACAAAAAGGGCUUCACACCACUCAUGCUGGCUGCGACAGCCGGCCACUCCGGUGUAGUCGACAUCCUCCUCUCGCAUGGUGCUGACCUGGAGGCCCAGUCAGAGCGCACCAAGGACACUGCUCUCUCACUCGCCUGCUCAGGAGGGCGCUACGAGGUGGUGGAAAUUCUGCUGGCUCGUGGUGCCAACAAGGAGCAUCGCAAUGUGUCAGACUACACACCACUAAGCCUGGCUGCAUCUGGAGGUUACGUGAACAUCAUCAAGCUCCUCCUGCAGCAUGGUGCAGAGAUCAAUUCCCGUACGGGCAGCAAGCUGGGCAUCUCGCCCCUCAUGCUGGCCGCCAUGAAUGGUCAUGUGGCGGCCGUGCGCCUCCUGUUAGACAACGGCAGUGACAUCAAUGCACAAAUUGAGACGAACAAGAACACAGCCCUGACUCUAGCAUGUUUCCAAGGUCGUCAGGAGGUGGUGGCACUGCUGGUGGACCGCAAGGCCAACGUGGAGCACCGUGCCAAGACUGGGCUGACACCUUUGAUGGAGGCUGCAUCAGGCGGCUAUGUGGAAGUGGGCCGGGUGUUGCUGGACAAAGGGGCGGAUGUGAAUGCGCCCCCUGUGCCAUCAUCCCGUGACACAGCUCUCACUAUUGCCGCUGACAAGGGUCACUACGCCUUCGUUGAACUCCUCAUCAAGCGGGGCGCUACUAUUGAUGUCAAGAACAAGAAAGGCAGCUCCCCCCUGUGGCUCGCCUGCAAUGGUGGCUACCUGGACGUGGUGCAGCUACUGGUGGCAUCGCGGGCCGACAUAGACAGCAUGGACAACCGGCGGGUAUCGUGCCUGAUGGCGGCCUUUAGGCGAGGUCACGUGAAGGCGGCCAAGUGGCUGGUGAAGCAGGUCGCCCAGUUCCCCUCGGAUCAGGAAAUGGCCCGCUUCAUGGCUACUCUGGGGCCGGAUUCACGAGAUCUCCUUCGCAAAUGUCAUCAGUGCACGGAGGUGAUCCAUGCUGCCAAGGAACGCCAAGCAGCUGAAGCCAACAAAUGUGCCUCCUCUCUCCUCGAAGAGCUUGAUCUCGAGCGCUCGCGCGAGGAAAGCCGCCGUGCUGCAGCUGCGCGCCGCCGAGAGCGGAAACGCCGCAAGAAGAAAGAGAAACAGGAGCAGAUGCGGCUAGCCAAGCUUGAAGCGGAGGUUGGGGACAAGGCGGCGGUGGCAAGUGCAAACAAUGGCAAGGACUCUGACAAGGACUCUAAGAGUGAAGGAGAGAAGCCUCCAACAAGCUCCCAGUCUGAGGAGGACGACGAUGACGACGAAGAGGAAGAGGAAGAGGACAACAGGACUUCUGCCCCCAGUUGCGGAAACAGGACGGCAGAGCUGGACGAGCGGCUACCAAAUCCUGGAGUUGGUGCAGGGAACCCUCUGGCUGGUGCCACCUCUGGUCCCCCUGACCGUGGUGGUGGGCUACCCAAUGUGCCUGGUCGACCCAAGACUAAUGGAGCAGCAGUGUCUUCCUCAUCCACUCCUAAUAAGGUUCGCUUAAAAGGUGACGAUGUACCACCCAGUGCAGCCCACGAGUCAUCGAAUAGCACUUCGUCCUCUCCCCCCAAGACCACGGCGUCUGUAGUCGCGGAGGGUAGUAGCAAGAAUUCAAGGAAGAAAAAACAGGCAGCAGCCUCAUCCACCAUGGAGCGCCCUUCGGAGUCUGCACCAGCCCGGUUAAACCAUGCCGCAUCUCCUGCACCUGCGGCACUCAGUAAAAGUAGCAGCAGUGGUGGCGGCAAGCAGGCAAAGGCUGCCCAGACAACCCAAGCUAUUCUGCAGCAGCCAGCAUCUUCGUUGACUCGGUCACCUUUGGGAUUGGGGCCACCUUCAAUGAUCCAAGGACACCGCCAGGUGCCUUUGGCUGGCAAGCAGCGUGGUGGCGAGUUGAUGGUGAACGGUCUUGCCGAUUGUGAGGACUUUUCGACUGUGGUGAAGGGGACCAAGCACCGGGGACAGGCUCAUCAUGCAGUCACUGACGGCUCCACCAAGAGCAGCACGCUAGGUGAGCUCGCCCUGGAUGUGUUGGACGCGUGUGGUGGACCUCGCAGUCCUGGCAGUGGCACAGGCCGGCCCUCUCCCGGCGUGGUCUCCUCGCCGAAGAAGAGUGGCUCUUCUGGCAGUGCCAUCAUGAAUGCGUCUUCGUCUUCCACUGGCAUGCUUGUGUCUUCUGUUGCCAGCUUGACAUUGAGCUCCUCAAAGAGUCACCAUCGGGGUGAGGAAGGCUGGAAAGAAGUUGUACGGCGUUCCAAGAAGGUGACUGUGCCCUCGGCGGCUAUCAGCCGGGUGAUCGGGCGCUGCGGUUGCAACAUUAAUGCUAUCCGCGAGUCCUCUGGUGCCCACAUUGAAGUAGAGAAGCAGAAGGGCCAGGGAGAGCGUACCAUCUUGAUCCGAGGCUCGGCAGAGGCAACCAAGCAGGCGCAACUCUUGAUCCAGAGCCUGGUGCAGGAACCUGAAAGAGACCUCUCAGACAUAAUGGCCCAGCAUGGUGUUGCAGCUCCAACCCCUGCAAAGGCAUCGACAUCUUCCUCGGACCAUCGAGCCUGCUCCUCUACUCCUGCCAAUCACACCGGCUCUUCUUCGGUGCUAGUCUCUGGCAGUGGUGGUAGCAGUAGUAACAAGCUCAGUCGGCAGGGCAGCUCAACCAAGGUGGUGGGUGUGAAGGCUGCAUCAGCACCAGCACCCUCUCUGCCACCAUUUGGCCAAACACGUCCCGCCCCCCGACCUGGGAUACCUACUCUCUCCGGUGGAGGCAGUAGCUCAGCAUCAGUGACGUCAUCAGCGGCUCCUCCAUUUACCUCAGGCUCUUCUGGUUGGGGCACACUUGCAUCGUGCUCUGCCUCUUCAAAGCCUGCUUUGACUGCAUCGACAACUGUUACCACUGCGUCUGCUGUAGUCACAGCAUUCUUGUCCAUGUCGUCCACUUCAGCGGCCGUGAAUGGGACAUCUACAUCAGCGUCAUACACCCAAGCUGUUAUUUCACCAGCCAAGAGCUCGAGCCGUGCAGCUUCUGCCGAUGCACGACCUAGUUCAUCGCCCAGCUCGGGUGGUGGCAGCCCUUCACCAACACUGGGCAGUACUGGCCAUAUGACAGCAUCGUCAACAGCUGUUACUGUAAGCAGUACCUCUGCAGCCUUUUCUAUGCCAGCUAGUACCUCCGCAACCAACACUUUACCAGCUAUCAGCAUUCCGCAGACCUUCUCGCCCUUCAACAAUGUGUUCAGCAAAGAGACACAGCCGAGUGUCUGGGGCCAGCGAGAAUCCUCCAAGCCUAACUUUGCCUCUGUGGCUGCUUCCGGUGUGUGUGGUGUCCCUAGCUCCAGUGGCGGCAGUGUAGGAAGUGCACAAGCACUGCCUGAACCUCUUGUGGAUGCAGCCAAGGCUCCAGGCUACCGAGGCAACCUGCACGUAUCGCCACCUAACUUUGGUCCUAUUGGCAGUGGAAUGCGAAGUGCCCCUUGCACACCCCCUAGUAGUGGAGGGGCACCACCCUCACCACCUUCCCAGUCACAAGCGCCACCCCAACCACCAACGCAGGUGCAAGAAUUUUAUGAGAGUGCCUCUGCACCAGCAACGGCAGUGCCACAUGCAGUGCAAGCUCCCCCACAGCCACCAUCCUCGCGCAUGGUGUUCGGUCCACCUCACUAUGCGUCAACGGCAUCUGAGCUGGUGCCACCACCUCAGCAGCAGCAGCAGCAGCAACAACAACAGCAGCAGCAACAGCAACAGCAGCAGCAGCACCAGCAGCAGCACCAGCAGCAGCAACAACAGCAACAACAACAGCAGCAGCAACAACAGCAACAAAAGCAGCAGCAGCAGCCUCAGCAGCAGCAACCAACUAUCCAGAGCACUCUGAACCCCAAUGCACCGGACUUUUCUAGUAGAUCAGCGCAGCCGGUGAUGCUUCCGGCACCAUUCGCUCAAGUGGGUGCGAGUCACCACCACCACCACCACCCCCAUCAGCACCCAGCAGCAACAGCAGGUCACCAUGGAAUGCGAGUACCCUUUGCACCACCGCAGGAAUUUCUGCACUCAGUGCAAAGUAGCAGCCACCUGGCACACCACCAUCAGGGAGCUCCAGGAGCACUGGGAACUCACCCAGGGGUAUUCUCGCUUCAAAUGAUGUCACACCUCCAGCCGCAGUACUCUGGUCUAGUGGCCCCUGUGGGACAGAUGCCCAAGGGUGCCGAACGCACACCGCUUGCAGUGCGGCUUGCGGAAGAGGGUUCCCCGUCGGCGGUGUCACCCCAAGGGGGCCUAUCUCCCCGUGGGUGCCUGGACGACCGCAAGCUGCCUCGCCCCAUCGGGACGGAGCGGGCCCAGAAAAAGGGGGCUCAUGCUUCCUUCCCAGGCAUCUGGUCCUACUCCAACAGUGCCGCAGGUAUGGGUGGCGGUGCAGGUGGGAGUAGCCUAGGUGCUGAACUUGGCCCCAUGGCAACCUGGGUUCAGUACUCACAUGCUACAGGACCUCAAGGAGAUGGGCUUGCUCUGUUGCAACACAACCGCUUUGCUGCUGCAGAACCGGGGCCAGAGCAGCAGGCACUAGAGCAGCACUCUUACCACCAUCAACCUCAGCAGGCGACGCUGAAUGCAGGAGGCCUGGGUGGCUGCCCACCUUUCCUCAACGGCUUUCCCGGAGCAAGUGGAGCAAUGCUAGGAGGUGCUGCACAGCUUUUCUCUUCUGCCAGGGUGGCUGCCGAGGCACCGCACCAGCCUCAGGACGCAACACCCUGGUCCCCACACAAGCUAAUGAGUGGUGCGCCAGGAGACUCUCUGCACCACCACGCUGGCCACCACACCCACCACCCACAGCAGCAGCCACCUCAUCACGCCCAUGUUUCCACUGCCAAGUUGCCUUGGCAAAGCUGGACACAUCCCCAGACGUGAUUUGGUCCCGCGGUCCCUUCCACAAGUAGCCGCUGCCAUCCCGACAAGCUCUCGGGUGGCGCAGCAAGCCCCCCAAAGUAGGGGGAGGGGAGCAGAAGGAACCCGUUUAUAUAUAUUAUAAAUAUAUAUAUACACACACAGACAGACACACAAGCGUGCCAGACACACAUUGAACGCACACACAGCAGACAACACUAGCCAGAGAUUAGAAAGGCACCGGGCAAGGAACCGGAUUUGGGGAAGCAAACCUUGGGAGGGGAAGCAAACCUUGGAAGAGCAUGCUGCAGCGCUGUUAUAAAUAAUAAAAUUAAAAGUUGGUUCGAAAAAAAAAAAA